AUGGAUAGUGCAUAUUUUCGUAAAUUGAUCAGGGAAAUUCAUGAUUCUCAUCCACAGAUUACGCAUUUCACAAUAUGUUGUAUUUCUGCGUUUGUCGGCGAAACUGUAACCUACCCACUUGAUAGCGUUAAAACUCGUCUACAAGUUUCGGGUCAAACUUCAGGAUUUAAAAAGCGAACAAGAUUAAUUCCGAUGAUCAUUGCAAUGGUUAAGAAUGAAGGAGUCUUCAGUUUUUGGCAAGGCCUAUCGCCAGCCCUAUACCGGCAUUUCUUGUAUACUGGAGCCAGAAUGCCAAUUUACGAAAUUAUUAGAAAUCAAGUUUUUGAUAUGCCCCCUGCAAGUGACAAGGCCAGACGCGAAAUGGAGCUUGCAAAGAAGAAGGAGUCGCAAGAAGCUCUAUCGAGAAAUUACGUCAUUCGAGCAGCUGCGGGUGGAAUCAUUUCCGGUGCUUUGGCUCAAUUCAUCUGCAGUCCAACUGAUCUCCUUAAGGUCCGAAUGCAAACGGAACGAAAACGGCAGCUGAUUUCCUCAACAGAAGUGCUUGAUAAAUGCGGAAAAGUGGUUCCAUCCACCGGCCAUCCACCAAAACAUCCAAACACACCGUCGGUGAAUUUUCGGCUUCUGCUCAAAGAAUGUGGUUUCCUGGGGCUUUGGCGAGGUGGCCUUCCAAACGUUCAACGUGCUGCACUUGUGAAUAUGGGCGAGAUGACAACCUAUGAUACUGCAAAACGAUGGUUGCAGCACCGAUUUGGCCUCACUGAUGGUCCUCUUCUUCAUGGCUGUGCUUCCACGAUGUCAGGUUUCGUAUCUGCUUGCCUAGGAACCCCUGCAGAUUACAUCAAGACCCAGUUGAUGAACCAGCGUGCAGAAAAGAUUGAUGGUGUUACAAAAUUUACCCAUUACAAUGGAAUGAUCGAUUGCGCUGUCAAGGUCGUGCGAACUCAAGGCUUUUUUGAACUCUACCGUGGGUUCUUCCUAAUCUGGGGACGUAUGGCGCCUUGGUCCCUCACAUUCUGGCUUUCCUAUGAAAAGAUGCGCACUUUUGUUGGCGCUGGAGGAUUUUAA